GCAGGGAAUAUGUCCAGCAAACAGGCUCAGAUUAAUUCCUGGGGUAUUUGAGGACACAGGGCAAUCGAGAAUGGCAUGUUCCUCUCCUCAGUUCUCAGAACCCGGUGAUAUUAGUUAUCUUCAAAGACAAGGAAAAAGGAGGAGUUGGCAUGUUCAUCCAAAUCAGAACGUCCUCCAGGCCCAGGAAUAGCGACAAACUACACUGUUCAUCUAAGGGCGAAUGGCCUAUUUCGUUUAUCACCAUUAAAGAGUAGAGAUAUCUUGAGUAAAAUUAGAGUCC